AUGCUGAAGUUGGGCCGCUCUUGUCCACCCACUGUGGCCGACUACCAGUUUGAGUUUGGGACUAACUUAUCUGAUGUUGUCAAAACGCCUGUCAAGGCAAGCCAUCCUGUGUCUUCCUUGGCUAGGCUAGUUGGGGCUCUUACGGGCCUGGUCCGGCCAACUGGCGACUGCCGUGAUGCUCUGCUGGCCCAUAUUACAAGAUAUCAGGCACCACGACCCCCGUCUUGGCAAGCAACAACGACAACGAAACCUCCAGGGAUGCAAACCCCUGAUCGGCUUGCCUCUCAGAUUCACAGCCAGAAAAGCUACACCGGGCUAAGGUGGCGUGUGGUGGGGUCCGGGCUAAUAAGCAGACAGAACCAAAGACCAACUGCUUGGCAACUUGGCGACUUGGGAGACCCGACCAACGCUAAAAACGCUGGUCGUGGAGACAGACAGAAAGUGGUGUGCCAGGUAAAAGCGGCAGGUCGGCCCUCCCACGACCUCUUGGUGGCGAGUGGAAGCCCCCCAAAACGCCGAGCAUUUGCUCCCACUGCUCGAAUGGUGACCGGUGUGGCUCUGCGGCUCAGUGUGCUGACCUUGUACAACCAACAAGACAUUUUUAAACGGGGCGAGCCAGCCAAGCGAGCCAAGCGCAAAGGCCAUACUGGUACGAUAGAGCGUCUUGCAUUCUCCUCACGAGAGGCCGAGUCGAGGCAAAAAUUGUGGCGGCGACAAUUGAUGACAUUGAAGCAGCAGCACUGUCCUUACCCAUACGCCUUUGGCCAGGCCAUCCGUCAUCCUGGCCGGUACCGAGCCCUUGUUCCCCGGCGCCCCUUGCUUCCCGACUAUGAGGGCCAGAAAAUCCCGGACCCUGUCACCAAUAGUGAAAAUUACAGUCACCGGGCCAGUCCUGUUUUCCCAGGUACCGAAUGCAGUGGAGAGGCCUACAGUAGUUAG